AGGUCCCCUAUGAGGUCCAGCAGUGGGCCAGCUGCAGCCUGGGAGCCUCCACACCAAGGUCCAUGCUUUCUUGAGGGGCCCUGAUUCCCAAGGGCCUCCUGAUGCCUGCCUCUUCCCCAAGCCCCAGCGUCUACCCUGGCGGCCUACCUGAGCUGGGGGGAGGGUCUGGGAUGCUGACAUGUGCCAAAACGCCUUGCUCCCUGUGUGGGGGGUAUCUGCCAGUGUGGAGGAGCUGCCCGGUCCUUCCUCACACUGACCACGGGCCUCAGUCGCGCUGCCUGGGGUCAAUAAGGGGCCCCAACCUAAGGGGAGAGGGACAAAACCCUUGGUGAGGAAGGGGUGCUACUCAGGUUUAUGUUUCAACAUCUGUCCCAGGUGCUUAUUUUGCUAUUGUCGAGGCGCCUGGAGCAGACAGCCCGUGAGAGAACUGGGUGGAAAACCCUGGCUACCCGGACAGGUGCCCCUCCGGCCACCGGGCAUUCCCUGCAGGACAGCCCCUUCCACAGGAGGGUCUUUCCUGGAGCCACCAAAGUGCUGUUUCUUAGAGGCAGGGGUGGGGCUCCAUACCCUACAGGGGUGAAAGGUCUGGGGUCAGACUUUCGUACCUCCAGCAUCCUGCCAUCCUCACAGCUGCUGAGGUGUUGUGCUUGCUCUUUGGGCCUCUAUCCUCCUGAGGCCUAGCUGCCAGGAUUGAUGGUUCCAUAGUUCUGGGCUUCUGAGUAGCAGUGGAAGGGUUGCUGUGGUAACAUCCCUAGACUGUAUCCUCUGUUGAAGGGGUCCACCUGCUCAUUCCAGGAAAUAGGGCCCCUCGGGGUCUGUGCCCCAAUACCCAGGGUUCUGCCUGGGCCCUGCAGUGCCCUCGUGGGGCUGUAGCCCCCGCUGUCACUGGCCAGCAUUGUGGCUGCAGGGACCUCCUCCACCCUUGGCUGAUUGCCCUAUCGGCCUUGGCACCCAUAGGUGGGGCCCUGGCACCUUUUUAGCUGCCCAACGGCAGAUGGACCAGCAUGUGUGGCAGGCAGGGGCUUCCCCAAAGAGAUGGCGUGGGUGCUGAAGCCUCAACUCCAGGAGAAGGGGCGUGCGCAGGAGGGGCUUGCAUGCCGCCUGUGGCUGUUUCCCAGCUGCCGUCCCUUCAGGAGGAGCAACUAUGCCUCCAGAGGCGGGGUCAGGAUUGGGGGAACUGGGAUGUGGUGAGUACGUGAGGGGAACAGGGCGCUCUGGCUGAUUUGUCCCCAUCCUGGGAGUGCGUCUGUCCGCGUGCAGGGCACGCCUGUGUUUCGGCCACGCGUGCGGCGGGGGCGGGCAACUCCGUGACGCGGCACCAGGCGGAGCGGGCGGAGCGCAUGGGCCGGGGCGGAGCGGAGUCAUCCGCAGAGCAGCCCCUCCCGGCCGUGGCCGUCGACCCCCCGGCCCCCGGCCCCGGCUCUAUGGACAGAAGCUCGCUGCUGCAGCUUAUUCAGGAGCAGCAGCUGGACCCUGAGAACACAGGCUUCAUCGGUGCGGACACCUUCACUGGCUUGGUGCACAGCCAUGAGCUGCCCCUGGAUCCAGCCAAGCUGGACAUGCUGGUGGCCCUGGCCCAGAGCAACGAGCGGGGCCAGGUCUGCUACCAGGAGCUGGUGGACCUGAUCAGCAGCAAGCGUUCCAGCAGUUUUAAACGGGCCAUCGCCAAUGGACAGCGGGCACUGCCCCAGGAUGGGAUGCUAGAUGAGCCAGGCCUGGGUGUCUAUAAGCGGUUUGUGCGCUACGUGGCCUAUGAGAUCUUGCCCCGAGAGGUGGACCGCCACUGGUACUUCUACCGGCACCGCAGCUGCCCACCCCCUGUGUUUAUGGCCUCGGUCACCCUGGCCCAGAUCAUCGUGUUCCUGUGCUAUGGGGCCCGCCUCAACAAGUGGGUGCUGCAGACCUACCACCCUGAGUACAUGAAGAGCCCCCUGGUAUACCACCCUGGCCACCGAGCCCGGGCCUGGCGCUUCCUCACCUACAUGUUCAUGCAUGUCGGGCUGGAACAGCUGGGGUUCAACGCGCUCCUACAGCUAAUGAUUGGGGUGCCCCUGGAGAUGGUGCACGGCCUGCUCCGCAUCAGCCUACUCUACCUGGCUGGCGUGCUGGCAGGUUCCCUGACUGUCUCCAUCACUGACAUGCGGGCCCCUGUGGUGGGGGGCUCUGGCGGAGUCUACGCCCUGUGCUCUGCACACCUGGCCAAUGUCGUCAUGAACUGGGCUGGGAUGAGGUGCCCCUACAAGCUGCUGAGAAUGGUGCUGGCCCUGGUGUGCACUAUGAGGAGCGCCUCCGGGACCAGUGCGGCUGGUGGGUGGUGCUGCUUGCCUAUGGCACCUUCCUGCUCUUCGCCAUCUUCUGGAACAUCUUCGCCUACGACCUGCUGGGCGCCCACGUCCCCCCACCACCCUGAAGGGUUCCUGGGGGCCUCAUGGGCUAGGGCAUGGCCUGCAUGUCCACCUUCUGUGAAUGUACAUCUCAAGACUGCUUCUCCAUGAGGGCAGAUGGCCCCUGUGGCCUGCAGAGUCCAGGCCAAGCCUUACACCAGCUCUGGCCCCCCUGCCAGGCCUGGGUGGGGGUUAGGACUGCUGGGCCAGGCUGGGCAGUGGAGGUCCCAAGGGUGGCCUCAGAGGUGAUCCUAUCAUGGCCUCUCCCCCCCCCCAACCCCAGGACUUGCAGUCUGAGCCUUUUUGGAGAAUAAAUAAAU